CUCUGGCAACAAGGGAAAUAACACAUGAGAGAUUCUUUAACGUAAGGAUCUGUAACGAAGAAGCAGACACAACCAUUUUUUAUAAUCUGACUGGUUUAUAAUUUUAUAACAUCGGAUCCUUUUAUAUGUAUAUAUAUGUAUAAGAUAUGUGCCUCUAUUGUUUCAGCCUCACAUUGGUCACAUUUCUUGCAUUGGUUACUGUGGAUGGCGUCAAUCUGUUCUACCGUGGUGGCGCCCCUUACAAUAACGGGGCGUCUGGUACAAUGACUUACAAUAACAGCCUCUACAUCCCGACUUGUGGGUUCAAGGUCAUCUUCUCGUGCAACGUACCUAUUUCAAUAACGGUCUGGGACUACACAGUGGUUCAAAUGGACAAUUACACCUUCAUGCUGAACAGCAGUCAGGCAGGAAUUACUGGACGAACAAGUUCUGUGUUAUUAUCUGGUCAAUUUACGAAUUUUGUCUGGCCGGAAAUUGUUGCCAACUAUUUUUGUGUGUGUAACUCAUCUACAGCCAAUGCAUGUAGUGCAGUUCCAUAUCAAACAGCCUCUCGUCCAGACGUGUCAACAGUAGUUUCAACAACAUCAACAACACCUGUAACUACAGCCUCAUCAGUAGCCAGGAGUUCCUCUCUUCCAUCACUCACCAUCGCAGAAAUUUUCAACUCAGUCAAUUCAACAGCUCCUACAGAGACCAACAUGAACAGCGCAGACAGCUUGUGUUACACUGGGUCCUUGUAUACAACCCUGAGCGCCAUCUACCACUUUGUCGACUGCUGUAGUCUGUGCUGUACCUACAAGGCGUGCCAGGGGGUCAACUACUUCUCCAUCACCGGCCAAUGUGACCUCAUCUUUGAGCUCUCCACGUCGCAAACUUCUAUAGGAUUUAUGGCGACUCUGGCGGACUGCAAGUUCUGGAGAGUUACCUUCAGGGGCUGAAACUCUGUCUCAAUAUGUUCAGUAUGAAAU